AUGGUGACAUCGAUGGCCUGCGGCAGUUAUUCAGGUCCGGGGGGCUUCGCCUUACGAUCGAAACCAAAAAGGUCAAUCAUUGGUUCAUGUAAGAAAAUUAUUCACUUCGACUUUUUCGUGGAGUUUCUACUCGAUCAAGGAGCAGACUUUUACACCGCCGAUGAUUUCAACUCAAGACCCGUUGAUAUUGUAGGUUUUGGGGUAGAAUCCCACACCAAAGACUCGGAACCCUUGUUGCCAUUAGUACGUCUUCUUAUCCGACACCUUGACUAUGUCGUAUACGACACGCUAGACGACCUUCUAUUUGGAAUACUUUGGAAGUUCGAUGGCACAGCGGAAGAAUUUCUCUUCCUGCAACAAGCAUUUUUCCCAUCAUUCUAUGAGCUACCAGAAUGGGACCGAAUCCACUUUGCCAUACGUGAAAUGAAUUUGCACGAUGAUCCUCUCUACAAUGCACCCAAGGUUGUGCGGACCAUCCUCAAUGGAAUUCCGCUCACGAUGACAACACUGGAACUCGAAUUUCCCGAAUACCAUUGUGGGAUAAUUGAAACAUUCACUUUACCACUAUGCAUUGCACUUCGGAUUGGUGCUAGCCAGGCUGCGUUGCAACAAUUAGGCACACUAAAGUCAAAAUGGCAAGAGUUAUAUGAGUCAUGGUUCGGUUUGUUUCGUGAAUUUGUGGAGAAUGGCGUUGACAUACAUCAAACUGUCGGUGGGUGGACUCCUUUUCUUGCAUUCUGGGCUGGGUAUUUUCGUCCUUGGUUCAGCAUAGGAACGACGGUCGAGUGCAAUGCGGCUAUCCGAUCGUGGUUGAGAGAUCUACAGGAUGUUGGCGUGGACUUGAGGGACUUUGGUGAAGCAGAAGAAAGAAUAUUCAAAGACUUGGGCGGAGUAAGGCGACUCGACUCGUUCGUCGCCGAUUCUAUAGGCUCUGUACAGUUGAUUGGAUUCUCACAUGGCAUUUCGCCGGAGGACUGGGGUGUGUGGAUAUCGGAACCUACUGAUGAGUUUGUCGGGGAUUUUUGGGCGAUGAUUGAGCGGCGGAUGGAAAUGCCAGGUGGAUGGAUGGAUGAGGUACAUUUGUUUUUGUAG